UUAGUCUUCUUGUUUCACCAUUAAAGAGCGUCCCUAAUUUGUAUAUUGUCCACUAGUUUUCUAUUGUCAAUUCAGGAAAAAUAACAGAAGAAUCAAGAGCAAUGGAGGGAUAUAAGAGAGUUGAGUUGCUUCUCAUCUUUAUAACAAUCUCCACAGUGGCAACGACCAGUGCAAAUCCAUGGCUGCCGAUGGAGGGAAACAAUCCUGGUAGCUAUUGCUUAAGCUGGAGGCUAGCAAUAGAAACAAACAAUGUACGUGCGUGGCGCACCGUUCCUAUCCAAUGUAUGCGUUAUGUUGAGGUAUAUAUGCUUGCUGGUCAAUAUGAUAGAGACGUUCAGUUAAUUGUGGAACAAAUCAGGGUUUAUCUCAAUGAGAUAGUCCUUCCUGGUGAUGGCAUGGAUGCAUGGAUCUUCGAUGUUGAUGAUACUUGCUUCUCAAAUGUCUUUUACUAUCGGCUCAAGAGAUACGGAUGUGACCCUUAUGAUCCAACCGGAUUUAGAACAUGGGCGAUGAAAGGAGCGUCUCCAGCAAUACAACCUGUUCUUGAACUGUUUAAUGAACUGAUAGAAACAGGCUUCAAAGUGAUCCUAGUAACCGGAAGAGAUGAAGAAACUCUUGGCCAGGCAACUCGAGAAAAUUUGCAUAAUCAAGGCUUCACUGGUUAUGAAAGGUUGAUUAUGAGGACGGCGGAGAACAAAAAGCACAGUGCAACAAUAUACAAAACAACAAUCAGAAAGCAAAUGAUGGAAGAAGGUUACAGGAUAUGGGGAAAUGUAGGAGACCAGUGGAGUGACUUACAAGGAGAUUACUCAGGAAACCGCACCUUCAAGCUUCCUAACCCUAUGUAUUUUGUUCCAUAAGAAUUUUACUACAAUAACCAUUUCCUACCGAACAAUUACAUGUACAACAUGAUCAAAUACAGAAAGAUACAUCUCCACUUGUCAUGUGUCGGGCCAGUUUGUUCUACCGUGAAUCGUAAUAACAUAUAAUCAAAUUCAAUCUAG